GUCACACCCACAUGGACCAGAUGUGUAGUGUGAAAGCUUUUAAAUGUAUGGAUUCAAAACUUAAGUGUGAACAUUUUUAUAACACUGUUUGUCUAUAUAAGGCUACCUUUAUAUUCCUAAAUCACCCUCGCAGAAAGAUUCAACUGCAACUAAGACGUGAUGAAGGUGAUUCUGGUAGCGGCUCUGCUGGUGUGCCUCCUGGCAAUCCACGCUGAUGGGUUGCGCCUAUACUAUCACCACUACAGGAACCUUAGGAUCAGGCUGUCCUGGAGGAGAACCACAAGCUGCAUCUACAGGGCGGCCAGGACACUGUCAAGAUGUCAAGGUGUAACAUCGAGAUUUCGGUACUACCUUGGAAAGCGAGCAAUAGAGAACGAAGAUGCGAAUAAUGACCAAAUGGAGAACGAUGAGCUAGUUAGCGCCAGAGAUCUCUAUGAGGCUGCCAAUGAAGUCGGCCACAAAGGCAACAGUGCCGGAUCCUCCGGUAGUAUCAGCAAGCCUGUCGAGUAACAGAUCGUGUGCCACUCUAUGACCAUAGCCCGAUGAUGAAAGACAAAUCACGUGUAUCCCUUUGAUCAUCCUAAUAUAAUAAAACUUCGCAGA